CAUUCCGUAGAUCCUAGUGCCUUCUUCUCUGAUUCAAAAUGAUGACUGUACGUAAUUCCAAGCACUCGCACGAUUAUGUCCUGAAAACUCAGAGUGCGCCAACGUCUGCCUCCAACGACCGACUGUGCCAUAUUUGUGGAUCGACAUUUGCCAAAGCAUUCCUCCCGGCCCAUCAGAGAACAUGCGUGAAAAGGAGUGUCAAAACGAGUGCUCGGACAUCGAGGGUUGGAUUGGCCUUCUCAGCAGCUGCAAAUGUCCGAACAUCGUUCUAUCCAUGCACAAAUUGCAUGGAAAACAUUCCGCACCACAAACUUUCCGAGCAUCUUCGAACCUGUCGAGGAGCCCACACCCGCUCCUCAACGGCAUCCGUUCUGAGACGGGGAGCAGAUGCGCACCGCCAGCAACCAUCUACACGGAUGACUGCGACCACUCUUACCCGGGAAGCAGUGUUAAUGAGAGCGAAUCAAGCUCUGCAGAGGAACUCGAAGAAUAGUCCUGGCCGCAUGAACGGCUUUGAUGGGGAUUGGGAUCUAGACCGGCAGGCAUUUCAUGGGCCGUACGAGUUUGAAACACAUAAAAGCACUUCCAGAGCUGCGGCUGCAGCGGAACGGCAGAUGGAACCCCCAAACCGCUUUGUGCCUAAACGAACAGUGACAAGUGCAGCAAAUCUUACUAAUAGGUCAGGACAAAGCAGUAAGAAUACUUUUUCACAACACCAUGACUAUCAUGAUGCGGAGCACUGGGAAUCGGAUCGUAUGCAUCAUUCACUUUAUGAUUAUGAGAAAGAGGAUACGGGUCGUAUAACCCAUCCAGAGUAUAACCAUUCCUCACAGGAGGGGCGACGUCUGUCCAGCACAUCCGCCGCAUAUCAACAAUCCUCAUCGUUCGGGCAACACGAAUCGAGUAGUUCUCUGGAAGAAAGUUAUGUAGACGGACCAAGGAUACCGUGUCCUUCUUGUGGACGAAAGUUCAUGGAGCAGGAACGGCUGGAUAAACACAUGGCAGCUUGCGCCAAAUCCCAAAAACCACGAAAGAUCUUUGACGCCAGCAAAGCUCGUGUCCGAGGAACCGAGUUGGAACAGUAUGCUAAUCGCCGAUCUGAUACUGGCCAAUUAGGGAGCCUCAAACAGAAGGGCCUGCCACAUGACGAAAUUUUACUGAAACCGCGCAAAGCAAACUGGCGUGCGAAGCAUGAGAAAUUCAUUCAAAUGGUCCGAGCAGCGCGGCAACCCCAUCCGUCUAGCAAUUCCACAGAAAAGAAAACAGGGACAGUAACUCGCACACCGGUUGGCCCGUCCGAACCUGAUCCAGACCUUGUGCCAUGCGACUAUUGUGGCAGACGAUUCAACCACGACACAGCUGUACGACACAUACCCUUCUGUCGCGACUCCAAGCAAAAAUCACAACAUCGCUCCAGUGCUAGGCCACACAAUGCCUCAAAUGCGUCGAGCCCGUCAAAGGAAGAUAUGCUCAAGAAACGGACGGCCUAUCGACCUCCCUUGCCAAAAGUUAAGGGCAAGUCUCCCAUAAAAAUGCAAUAAUCCUUCCAUGUUCUGGCAACGCAGUGCUCCAAAAGGGCCCGACUGAUCAAUUUUAAUGAUAAAUCGAAAUAAUAUGCCGUUACAGGGACUGUCUAA